AUGGCGGUUUUCGGCCGCCUUGUUUGCCGAAGAGCUGCGUCACUUCACAAUUUCUGCACCAAAUCCACGGAGUCCGACCUCCACAGAGUCUCGUCAGCUCUCUCUUCGUCCCUUCGUGUGGACAAUUCGAAGAAAGACAAGGACAGAAAUGUCCAGUGGGUUUUCCUGGGCUGCCCGGGGGUCGGCAAGGGUACCUACGCCGCCCGACUCUCGAGCCUCCUCGGCGUUCCCCACAUCGCCACCGGAGAUCUCGUGCGCCACGAGCUGGCGUCCAGUGGGCCCCUCUCUUCUAAGCUUGCAGAGAUUGUUAAUCAAGGGAAGCUAAUCUCGGAUGAGAUUAUCAUAGAUCUCCUUUCUAAGCGUCUUGAAGAUGCUCAUUCUAAAGGCGAAACAGGAUUUAUUCUCGAUGGAUUUCCUAGGACCGUGAGACAAGCG